AUGGCCCAGAGCAGCAGGACUGCCGCGGUGGCGCUGCUCCUCGUCGCCCUCGUGGUGGCGGCAGCGUCGGUGCCGGCGGCCACCGCGUACGGCUGCUACGACGACUGCUACGAGCGGUGCGCCAACGGCAAGGAGGACCCCGCCUGCACCACCAUGUGCAACGAGGCGUGCGGCGCCGUAGACAAGGCCACUGCCGGGGCCGGGGCCGUCGCAGGGCUCGCUGGUGCCGGUGCCGAUGCCGCGGGGCUCGCGGGUGCCGGUGCCGGUGCAGCCGCGGGCGCGCCCGUGGCGUGA